AUGGUCGCCAAGAAGAAGAGCGCGGACGUGCUCGACCAGGACGAGGUCAUGAAGGCCAUGCUGGCGCAGGCGGCGGCUAAGGCGGGCGACGACAACGGCAGCGACGACAGCGACGACGGCAGCGACGACGAGUCUGGCGGCUCCGGCUCCGAGGACGACCGACCGAACGGCAAGGAGGAUGGCGACGACGACAGCGAAGACGACGACGACGAGUCCGAGGACGAAGCCCCCUCCAAGCCAGCAGCCCCAGCGACGCUCUCGCGUGUGCAGGCGUCCCGCACCGCGUCCUCCUCGACCUCCACGCAACCGGCCCCGAGGGACAUGUUUGACGUGCCUCGCGUGGACACAUCCGCGUCCUUUGCCUCGCUCGGCCUCUCGCAGCCAGCCAUAACCGCCCUGGCUCAGUUGAACAUCAAGAAACCGACCGAGAUCCAAGUCGCGUGUGUGCCUCCCAUCCUGGCCGGCCGGGACUGUAUCGGCGGCGCGAAGACGGGAUCAGGCAAGACGCUGGCGUUCGCUCUGCCGAUUCUCGAGUCGAUCGCGCGCGACCCGUUUGGGAUCUACGCCGUGGUGCUUACGCCGACAAGGGAGCUGGCGUACCAGCUCGCAGAGCAGUUCAUGGCCGUCGGCAAGCCCCUGGGCCUUACUACGACCACAGUAGUGGGGGGCAUGGACAUGCUGAGCCAAGCGCAGGCGCUGCAGAGACGUCCCCAUGUCGUUGUCGCGACGCCGGGGAGGUUGUGCGACCUCCUCCGCUCUGACGGCGUGGGCGCCAACCCCCUUGCGCGUGCUAGGGUAUUGGUGCUCGACGAGGCGGACCGGAUGCUGACCCCCACAUUCGCGCCGGAACUCGCAUACCUCUUCAGCGUCAUUCCCAAGAAUCGGCAGACACUCCUCUUCACGGCCACCAUCAGCGAUGCCAUCACGGACCUCGCCAAGCGGCCCCCGCCCCCCGGCAAAAUGGUGCCCUUUGUCUACCGCGUCCCCAGUGACACGAUGACGGUCGCAAAGCUCACGCAGAAGUACCUCUUCAUCCCCUCGCAGGUGCGCGACGCGUACCUGUACUACAUGCUUUUGCACCCGCCGGCAGAGAUCGAUGCGGCGCUGCGGAGCGCGCCGCGGCCGAAACCGAAGCCUGUCGCCCAGCCUAAAGGCAAGAAGGGAAAGCGAGUGCGCGAGGAGACGCCGGAAGAAGAACAAGGCCCCGAGGUGCCGUCGACCAUCAUCUUCACGCAACGUACGGCGACGGCACAUCUGCUGCAUCUCAUGCUGAACGAGCUCGGCAUCCGGUCUGUCGCGCUGCAUUCGGGCCUGACGCAGCCUGAGCGUCUGUUGAGCUUGGCGAGGUUCAGGGCGCGCGACGUGCCCGUCCUCGUCACCACGGACGUGGGGUCGCGCGGCCUGGACGUGCCCGAGGUCGCGCUCGUGAUCAACUGGGACUGUCCCCGCCAAUCAGACGACUACGUGCACCGCGUCGGUCGUACCGCGCGUGCGGGGCGCGGCGGCGUGGCCGUCACUGUCGUGACGGAGCGGGACACUGAAUUGUUGCCUGCGAUUGAGAAGAGUAUCGGCACAACGCUCGCCGAGUGGGAACUCCCCGAGGACGACGUGCUGGAGAACCUCAACAAGGUUGCGACGGCCAGACGACUGGCGAGCAUGGAGAUGCACGAUUCCGACUUUGGAGAGCGCAAGGCCGUCAAUAAGGCCAAGGCUAUCAAGCGCGCAAGGAGGGAUCGGGCGAAGAACUAG